GCCAGGGGACGCGACAGCCUCGCCGUCCGCGCGAGCUCAGUGAUGGUCAGAACGAGCCGUUGCACUUGGGUGGCACGCGCGAGGACAAAGCCGUGAGAUCCGGGCCGCCACGUCGGACUCGUCGGCGUCGACCGAGAGGUGGCCCGCCGGCGCUGGGCCACGGGCACCCCUAGAGGGCCAAGUCUCGGGGAGGCCGCAGCCACGGAUGCAUAUGGAGGUGUCCCCGACCCGGCGGCGUCUGAACCAGCUCGACAGCUGAUCGUCGUGCGGAGCGGCGGUGAACGGGCCCGCGUCCGCACCACCGACCCCCCACUCCUGCGCCCGUCACGGGCCCUGGGCCCGACGAAUCAGGGGGCGCGCCGACCUUGGGGGGAGGGGGCCCUAGGGCCCCGCAAGACCGGCGGGGACCGGGGAGGCUACCUUGGCUCCGGGACUCUCCGCCGGCAAGGGACGACGCGCCAUCAUGGUGAAGACCUUUCAGGCGUACUUGCCCUCCUGCCACCGCACUUACUCGUGCAUUCACUGCCGCGCUCACCUCGCCAACCACGACGAACUCAUCUCUAAGUCCUUCCAGGGCAGCCAGGGUCGUGCCUAUCUCUUCAAUUCCGUGGUUAACGUGGGUUGUGGUCCCGCGGAGGAGCGAGUCCUGUUGACGGGCCUCCAUGCUGUGGCCGAUAUUUACUGCGAGUGCUGCAAGACCACCCUGGGGUGGAAAUACGAGCACGCGUUCGAGUCGAGUCAGAAAUACAAGGAGGGCAAGUUCAUAAUCGAGCUGGCCCACAUGAUAAAGGAGAAUGGAUGGGAAUGAGCGAUCGCCGUGGAGUCGGUGUCGGUCGCGGUCCCGGGCGGAGGAGAGCGACCGGGCGACGUCGACGCCAUCCUGAGGAGCCUCCUCCCCGUGCCCCCCGUCCCGCCCCCGACGAGCCACCAACGAAAGUCUGUGAUUUCAUUUGUGAUUUCUAAUCUUAGUAACGUUUUUGCGUUUCUCCCUCGGGACGCGACGAUUUCCGGGGCCGUUUCUCACAUCCGCCUUUGAUUUCCUCCGACACCGACUCGAGCUCGGCCACGGGGACGCCGGUCCGCGACGCCGGCGGAUCGUGGCCCAAGUAUUGUAAAGAAAUUAUUUUUCAAAAAGCGACACACGUACACAGAGAGAGGGAGAGAGAGAGAGAAAGGAAGAGGAGCAAGAAGAGGAGGCGAAAGAACGUUCAAGAUAGAGCCAGGACGCGAAGACGACGAGGGCGCGAUGGCGCCGACAAGAUGGCCGCCGUCGUCCUCGCUCCGAGCCGUGGGGUGCCCCCCAACUGAUUUUAAUUUAUUGCCGAGCCGCGAUAAAACAGAAAUUUUAACGCGCGGGGCACCCCAUACGCCCACGACGUCACCGACCCCCCGGCGAGAAGGCGGCAGCGUCGCGGCGGAGGGGAAGCCCUCCCGGCGGGUCGUGGGGUGCCCCCGACGGAUAUUCGGGUCGCCGCCCGUUCGCGGCGAUUCGAGGGAUUUUACCGCAAGGGGCACCCCGCACCUAACCUACGUCACUGAGCCCAGGCAAGAUGGCGGCGGUGUCGCGGCGAUCGAGAGCCAGGGAGUCGUGCCGAUCCCCGAAAACCUCGCGAAAAGGGUUAACACCCGAGUAACGUUUCUAGGCCUCUGGGUCUGGACAAAAUAGCGGCGUCACGGCGACCGGGAAGAGCCGGAGGAAUCUCGCGAACAGCCUGGUUGGUUAUCGUUACAACGCCUCUGGGUCUCGGCAAGAUGGCGGCGGCGGAGGCUCGGCCACUGGAGGGACCUGAUGACAAACCGCGGACGAAGAACUCGAGACUAGCGAGUCGAUUUCGACUCGUCGCCGGUUACGAAGUUCGAUCUCACCUCACCUGCCCAGGGUGCACCCGAAGGCCCGAAAGGGACGACCCGUUACCUGUCUAAGAGGAUAUCCGGCCAAUCUCACCUGUCGCGGACUUGGACGUCCCGAAACAGCCGGGGAGGUGAUACACAUUAAAAUCCGACUGAAACCGGAGGCAUCCGGCACCGACGACCCCGAAAUUAAUUAUUUAUACAAUAUCGCCACCUUAUGUGGAAUUCACCAUGAGCGGAAUGUCUGCUGUCUGAAAAAUCGAGUAUCCUAGCAGCGGCCUCGCUCGCCAUCGAUCGUCGGUCAUCGAUUACGAGGAAUAUCUAUCGCCGACUGGAAAAUCGAUAUUGGAGUGGAAUCAUCGAUUGGAGAACUCGUCCUUGCCUCGAUUGCGUCGAGACACACACUCUCUAGGGUCGACCGAAUUCUCGGGUCGACGUCGCUCGUCCUCGAGCACACUUUGGACUUGGAAGAGAAAUCAACGGGACGGGGCACCCCCACGCCACUGGGCCGACGCCAGCGCCGCUCGCGGACUUCGCCCGCACGAGACUGUCUGCCUGCCGCGUGUCUAUCAUUGGAAUUUCACUGCCGAUAUUCCUAAUAUUAACGUUUAAGCCGCGCUGCGCCGCGCGUAGGCGUCACAGCCGUAGACCUAGCGUUAGCCUACAUUAUAGCGUACUAAAAGCCUAUAUAAUACGAUAUUAUAGGACUCAUGGAUGUAGGAAAUAAGUGUCAGAGUAAGAGCGAGAGACGGUAGAGGUAUCUACAGGGUGUGGCGAAACUCGAUCACGAUUUACACGUCUCUAUCAGAAAUGCGGUCAGAAAAUCUUGUAUUAGGUUGAGGAAUAAGUUUCCGCCGUUUAAUUAUGUUACGUUACGUCAAAAACUACGGGAACUUAUUCCUCGACCUAAUACAUACUAAAAAGAAAAAUUGUACGUCGGUCUUCGACUCCAUUUCCGACGUGAAUAGAAACGUCUAAACCCUGGCCACGAGUUAUCUACACCUUGGGUAUACGCAUAUAUAAUCUCGUCAAAUAUAUGUACAUAUAUUCGACGAGAACGAGAAAGAGAGAGAGAGAGAGCGAGAGAGAAAAUUAUUGGGAGAGAGAAGAGAAGAGAGGUCCAGGGUCGGGUGUUCGAGUUUACGUUCACCAUGCCUGCCAAACAGUCUAUUCGUCUGCCAGUUGUCACUAUUACUAUUAAAUAUAAACGUAUAAAGGGCCCGGGCCGUUUUCUACGAGACCAUCGGGGAUGGUGGAUUUGUUUUGACCCCUUCCCUGAUGAACUUCUCAUCGGUCGGUCGAAAAGCAUCACAUAUUUUAAUUGUCCGUAGUGAGUAUUUUUUUAACGCGCCGAGGGGGACGGAUUACGACAUUGAAAGGUUUUGGGCACAACGGCUUGGCGAGCGUCAGGGAAGAGGUUGAACGCUCGAGAUGAGUUCAAAGGGAUCACCAGUUGUUAUUUUGAGGGAUCUGUACCGAAAACGAGGGUAUUCGAGAUAUGAGCCCACGAAGAGAAAAUCGGCGAGGCAGGAGUUUGCGAGAAAUAUGGUCGACGGUUAUCGUUUGCGCUAUGUGUUAAGGCGAUCCGCACUAUCGGUGACAAUUUGACGAGACUUUGUAACAUGGUUAGAUGAUUCAUUGUUCAGACUAUUCGGCAUGGAUUUUCAUUAUGUUUAUCUUAUGCCAGAUGGGGUGAACAGUUGUUUCGAAUUCGAGUCGGUGAAUUCUAUUCGACGUCAUUGGGGUGCAUCGGCCUUAAAAGAAAUCGUCGGUUGGAAUGUGCGUAGCUGGCUUUUAUCGGUUUCUCAUGAAUGGUGUCAUUGUUUGUGACAAACGACUUCAAGAGUCGUGCGAGUUUGUCGAGGAUUUUCUUGUUGCAAGUCUAACUCUCGAUAAACUCUCCUCGCGAGAAGUUAGCGUCCUCUUGAGUUACCUCGAGACUCGAUUCAUCUCCUCGUCGUUGAUGCAAGAAAUUCUGCACUGCGAAACUCGGAGGAUAAUCCUAGGAAGGAGAGACAGCGGUUUCUCUCUUCGUUAAUGCCGCGUUACUCGGGGUAGGUUGAAGUAAUCGGUUAGCGUGGGUCGUUUACAUUUGUCAAGGGUGGAGUAGAGGAAUCGUAGCUGGCAGGGAAAACAUGAGGAAAACUUUGAGAACUUUCCAUGUGGGAUCUGGUUUGUGACACGCGUCUCUCCAUUCACUGAUAUAAGACACUUGCCCCCGGGGUUUUUCUCGCGUGCACUGAAAAUAUGGAAAAUCUAUUUGAAUGUGUGUUAUCGUAUGGAGGGAUGGAAAUUACCACUAAAUGAGACAGGUUCACUUUAGCGCACGGGAGAGGAGCCCGGAAACGGGAAUCGAAAGAGAAAAUGAAAUAUGCCUUAAAAAUCCAAAGCGGAGGCCAGUGCUCACUACUUCUAACGCCGAUCUCAUUUGUACAUAUGCGACCGAGGUUUGGCGAUUUGCACCUCUUGGCUGGCGAGCAUUUAUUGUUUCGGAAAAGUGUAAUUUUUUUUUUUUUCCCGGACCGGUAUUUUGUCGCGGCCAAUUUUUUGGACGCGGACACGAUCCCGCUUCUAGAUUGGCGAGUCGCGACGAGAGCGGAUUGGAAAAGAGGGGAAAAAAGGGAGACUCCUACAAUUCGCGGGAUUAAAUAAUAAAUCGACCUUGUUCUUAAAUCUGCGAGUCGACUGUUAUUAUAAUCGCAGGGUCACAUCGUAGCCAACUCGAAGACAGAUUCCAUUAGUUCGGGGACAUUUAGCCAGGCAACUCUCUCUCUCCUGUGCAAUUUCAGUAUCUCCUUCGCUGACCUGGACUCGGUUGGGCUGGUCGAACAUAUUUUUUUUACAUUCAUUGAAACAGAAUUGGAAUGAUAAGUGCUGUAAGGAAAUAUCAUUGUAAUUAGGUACAAAUGAGGAAGUAGGUCGCGAGGACAUUAUUCAUAACUUUCCUUGAUGUUACGGAUUAGCAGUGCUCGUUUCACCGGUACGUGCUCUUAGGUGCGUAAAGAAACAGACAGUUAACCUAAAAGUGGUCCAACCGAGCCCUGGUCGUCUUGUCUUUUGUCUUAUUGUUAACAGACAGUGCGUGGACGUCGUUACUAAUGUUAUUUGUGAAAGAUAAAGUUUUCUACAUGCGUUCGAUGUAGAAUCGGGUCGUUAAGAGUGAGAGUACUGUUCUGUCGGAAUAUGUAUAUUUAACAGAUAUAUUUGCAGGUGUCGUGUCUUGACACCGGGUUUCCGUUUUAACUCGUUUCGGUUACUUGUCUUUUAAUUUGGAGACUUUCCGUAUUGGGGGAAGUUGAGGUUAUGGAGUUGAUCGACUUAUGCUAAGUCUUUACAGAGAGUGCUCAAGAGUGUUUUGAGCAGAGCUUACGACGUUAAACGAUAUUAACACUUGAGUUUAGACUGAAAAGUGAUACGUGUCCGUAUUCGUUGUAUUUCGAAUUAGAGAGCCAAGCAAGUGUUGUGCAAGUUGUCCUAACCUCAAAAAUAUAGGUUAGGUUCCUCGUAGGUUUCGUCAGAUUGAAGAUGCAAUAAAUAUUGACACGACUUGGGCCAGUCAAUCUUUUGAGAAAGAAACGGACGUAUAUAUUCGAAAAUUUGUUAUUCAGUACAUCGGACGGAGAAUUUCAAAGUGUACCAUCAUUUAUCAACUUCAAAGUGGAUCGAUUGGUCCUCAAAUAAUGGGAUUAUUCGCAAAAAGCCAGUCUACGUUGUACUGUUCGUUAAUGGAAGUAAUAUGAAUCAAUCUACGAAGUGGAUAAUGCCGAAUCAUAAUAUAUGAAGACUUAACGUGAAGCUGUAGUGGGACUACAAACACUCGGCACGUAGCUAAGUACCUUUUAUUUGCAUAAACAGUAUGCAGGUAAAAGUUACAUAGCCACGCCACAGUUUAUCGAUACAUAUAUCUGUAUAUAUAUUUUAUGUUAAAUAAUUGUGCAGUCUAAAUUUUUGCAAUGAAAGUACAAGAUGGAUCUUUGUAGGCUAGACGUUGCUGUGGAUAUAUAUUUCACUCUGAAAGCAGAACAAAUCGAUAAAUUUAUAAAUGUUCAUAAUGUAGAGUAACGUAUCCAUCAAUAUCCCGAUACGACAAAAUUAUAUAGGUUAUUCUAGAUGACAGUGAAGGAACGAUAUGCCGAAUAGUAGAAUAGUUUGACAUCGGUUGGAGUAUCGCGGGUGUGAUGGCUUUAUUUUGCACAUUUUUUACCACUGUAGACAGACUGGAUUCUCUUAGAGCAGUUGCAAAGGUUUUCCGCUAAUAUACAAGAAAUGGAUUCGAUAUUAGGCGUAACGUAGAUGGGCAAGAAUUACACCAUGGGAUAAUAUUUUUUAUUCGGUGUGAGACAAAGCGUGUCUUACUAGUUUUGACGUGUAGAAAUCACAUUCAAUUGUUAACGCCUCGCAGCACAUUUAGGUUUUCUUUCUCCCUUUAUAAUGGGUUGCACAGAUGAUUUGUUUAAUGGCAAAUUCAAUGAUACUUUUAGAGGUUACUUUUGGCGUUUCUGCAUGAGUUUUAACGGCAAUACAUAGAUGCAGUACAGCAGUUUUGUACACCACGUAGUCGUCUAGUUAACAGAAAGUAGGGCGUAGAAGAAAUUUUUAAUCUUGGUGAAUAAUACGGUGUGCAAACCUUAAGGUAUUCAUUCGAAUUACUAGAGUUUCGUUAAAUUUUCAAACAAAAUGUUUGAGAACAACGCAGGUUGUUUGGUAUGGCACGAGACUUCUCGAUAAUGAUACAGCGCUCUAUAGUGUCCAUUGCUACGCACUGCUCAGAAGAUACGAUCUCUAAAGAAGAAGAUGCAAACGAUCAUACACCCUCGAAAAAAGCUUACUACGCUAGGUCCAUAAAACCAAGGUCAUGCAUUUCUUUCGUUCACAUUCCCAAAUUGACCAAAAUUAACCUGAAUUGUAGACACACUAUUUUAGACACCUUUCAAUCAGUUGAAAAUCCUGCAUUCAAGUUAACAAUGCUAUCACCUGUGUUAUCACCGCCACGACUUUGACAUCUGGGAAACUCAGAAACUAGCUUAAUUCGCGAAUAAUCCCGAGUUCAACAGCCCGGUACUAAACUCAUCAGAGAUCCGAACGCGUUCAACAAAGGCGUCCGAAGUGUCUAAAUUCAGCGGAUAUGAAGAUAAAUAUAUAUACAUAUAUAUAUAUACACAUAUAUACAUAUACUAUGUACAUUAGCCGUUUCCGAAAUUUCUCUCGAUCUUAAUCUCUCCUAUUUAUUUUUGACAAUUAAACGAAACAUUGCGAGAGUACGAUCGGAGGUCUCAGAGAUUUUUCGUAAACAUCCGUUCUCAUCAGCGAAGCUUCGAAGGAAGUUUUCCAGCUCUGAAGUUGUCAUUCGAAGAACCUCUGAGUCUUACUGCGAGCCAUUAAAUACAAUCCGUUUCAAACGUUGCUCGUAUUUUAUUUUGUAAGUAAUAAAAGCAAAAUCAAACUCGCCGAUAAUAUACAACUUAUCGUUACAUACUCAUUGUUGUACUCGUUUGAGGUUAAGUCAUGUUAGGAAUUGGGAAAUUUUAGGGUCUUCGAGUUUCCUUUUUUAUUACUCUACCUUUAUUAAUGUGAAGUUUGCGAGAGGAGUCAGUGGCUCUCAGUCGGAUAGAUUGGAGCUGGGAGAGACUUGGAGUUUCGCCAAUCGGAUUUCCCAGUCGACAAGACUUGCGUUCGUCUGAUGAGCCAAUAAGCGUGUAUUUUCUCCACUGCGUGAAAUGCGGAUCGGUUGUGACGAAGGGCAAGAUUAUUCCGGAGUACAAUACGGCGAAACAAUAAGGUGAUAAUGGCGAUUGUCGCGGGAACGAAGAAACGGCGACGAGUAACGUAGGCAUGCGUGAGACUGCAACGCGUCUUGUAAGAAUUAAGUGUGAAUGUGGAGUGAAUGAGUGAGUCGGCCUAAAUCCUCACGCUGUCUCUCAGAGAGUACUUUUUUAUAUUGAUGUGCCGAGACCCUCGCACGGGAACACACGUUAUCACGUAUUCAUCCCUCAGUGAGAUGCCUUCUCACAGCCCACUAAUUUCUCCCACACCCCCCGGAGCCCAUCGAUGUCCUUCACCGAUGCCACCAUCACCCACCGCCAUCGUCACCGUGCAACUUUGCUUUGUAAGACAUGUUCGUAAGAAAAAUAAAAAGAAUAUUUACUCGA